AUGGAAAGCAGUAAUGAGCACCUUUGUCCGCCACACGAAUACGAGUGGAUUGACAGUGCGGAGCGCUUAGAAAACUACACAACUGGCGGUUACCACCCUACACAAAUUGGAGACAUCUAUCGCGAUCGAUAUGAAGUGAUAGACAAACUGGGCUAUGGAGGGUGGUCAACCGUUUGGCUGGCACACGACUUUCGGAAGAAGCAGUACGUUGCCUUGAAGGUGGGCAUUGCAGACUCCUUGCCCCAUGAAGUCACGGCUCUUCAUGCCCUUGGCAAGCAGACAACGGUUCCAGGCUCCGCGGCCAUUCCACGGGUGUUGGAUGAGUUCCGGAUCGAAGGCCCCAACGGCUCCCACCCUUGCUAUACCACAGCUCCUGCGCUCUGCAACCUUCGGGAGAGCUCAUUCAGCCGUUUGUUUCGCCUUGACGUUGCUCGUACCCUAGCUUACGAGCUCACUCUUGCCGUUGCCUACGUGCAUUCAAGAGGCUAUGUCCACGGAGACAUCCAUCUGCGUAAUGUGCUGGUUAGUGCGCAAAAGGACUUCAAUCAGCUGUCCGUUGCACAAUUUCGCAAGGAAUACGGCGAACCCGAUUCAUACCCCGUCAGACGAGUAGAUGGACAUCCUCUCACCCCUAAUGUGCCCCCAAGAGCGGUAGUGCCACUUUGCAUAGAAAAAAAAGCCCCUGAGUUUACGCUACAAGACGCACAUAUACUCCUGAGCGACUUUGGAGAGUCGUUUGCUCCGGCAGAAGAGCCUCGUCUGGCGAAAGACUGCCAUACACCAGUGGAUUUUCGACCCCCGGAAGCUCAUUUUGAACCGAAUACCCCCCUUUCCUUCUCCGCAGACGUUUGGAGUCUCGCAACUGCCAUCUGGGAUAUUCUAGGUAUGCAAGCCCUUUUCAGUAGCGCCUUUUAUUCAAAUGCGCAGGUCAUGUGUCAGAUCGUCGACGCCUUGGGGCCAUUGCCUUCCGACUGGUUCGAAAAGUGGGAAGAUCGAGAGGACUUCUUUGAUGCCAAGGGAAAACCAAAACCCGGCCGGCAUGUAUGGCCGAAAAUACAAGGAGCCUUCGAAAACACCGUGCAAAAGUACCGACGGGAUGAUAAUAUGGGCGAAUAUUGCGAAGAGGAAACAGCGGCCAUCUUGGACAUGAUCGUGCAAAUGCUCAGAUAUAGACCUGAAGAGCGGCCGACCGUACAGCAAGUUCUACAAUCGGACUGGAUGGUGAAGUGGGCGCGCGCAGAUUACAACGGCGUCAUCGGUGCCUCCAUACCUUUUGAGCAUUGA